AUGUCGCUCCCACAAUCCGCCGUAACCCUAGACAGCACUGCCCAGUUGCCGAUAGUAGCAGAUACAGCCGCCCCGGAUGCCCAGGAUUUGAUCGAAGCUUCAGACCAUUCUGAGUACAAUAGCUCUGUAACGGAUGACAGAAUUUCGACGUACACCGAAUCCAUAGCAUCUAGCAUUGUUGACUACCCGAUUGAGAAUGGCCGACGUUACCACGCAUUCCGAGAGGGCGCGUACCCUUACCCAAAUGACGAGGCCGAGAUGGACCGUCUGGACUUGUCCCAUGCAUUGAUGAAAAAGAUUCUCGGUGGCAAGCUCUUUCAGGCGCCGCUUGAGGCAGAAAAGACCCGUAGGAUCCUAGACAUUGGAACAGGAACCGGCAUAUGGUCAAUCGACAUGGGUGAUAAAUUUCCUCAUGCUGAGAUUAUCGGGAACGAUCUCAGCGCAAUACAGCCAUCCUGGGUGCCGCCCAACGUCAAGUUCAUAGUCGAUGAUGUCGAGAGCCCUUGGGUUGACGGCGAUAACUACGACUACAUAAUGUGCCGUUGCAUGGUGUCUUCAAUCAAAGAUUGGCCAAGGCUUUUCCAGAACGUAUACGACCACAUAAACCCUGGUUGCUGGGCCGAAUUCCAAGAUAUCUGCAUUGACUAUUACUCGGAAGACGGCACUUUGACUGGAGACCACAUUGUGACAAGAUGGGUUGCGGACUUACAUAAAGCAGCUGGGAUCCUUGGUCGCGAUUGCUGUUCUGGCAGGGGACUCAAGGGUUGGGCAGAGGACACUGGCUUCGAAAACAUUUUCCACAGGAAGUACAAGAUUCCGGUUGGGCCGUGGGCAAAGGAUCCCUUGCACCGUGAUAUUGGCAUGCACAAUCUAGUCCAGUUGCUAGAUGGGCUUGAGGGUUUCACAAUGAGGAUAUUCUGUGGGGUUCUCGGUUGGUCGCGAGAUGACGUUCUGGUGUUUCUCGCAGAGCUUCGCAAGGAACUCAAGUCCGGCGUCUAUCACUCAAUGUUUGAUUUCCAUGUUGUCUAUGGACAAAAACCAGGAUCUGCGCCAGAGCCUUGA